AGCGGCUUCCCUCUGCUCCCCUGGGGUGGCGGAGUCGGGGGGCCAUGGUCGGCUGCUGCUUCUCUGCGGAGGAGAGGGAGUCGCAGAGCAUCAGUGCUGAAACCGCGCGGCAGCUGCGCCGAGACAAGCGGUACGUCCGCCGGGAGCUGAAGCUGCUGCUGCUGGGCACAGGAGAAAGUCGCAAGAGUACGUUCAUUGAACAAAUGAGGAUUAUUCAUGGAUCAGGUUACAUGGAAGAAGACAGGAAGGGCUUCACAAAACUGAUUCAUCAAAAUAUAUUUACUGCUAUGCAAACGAUGAUUGGAGCCAUGGAUACUCUCAAGAUACAGUACACAUGCAAAGAGAAUGAGGUCAGGAUUUGGUGCGUCAGAAGUAAUGAAGUCAGAAGUAAAAUUCAUCAGGAAUGGGAAGCUGUGUAUAGGGACUAACUGACACAGUCUAAUUCCAGGAACACAAUUUGUUUUCAAGAACAGCGUAAGUUAUUGGCAGUCUUGGUAGUUCAGAUGCACAGAGAGAAGCUGCUGCUGUUUGAGAACAGAUAAGUAAUAGUUCUCAUUCAUAAUAAAUACUAUCUUUUUACGUGGCAGUCCUAGGAAAGAAAGGUAUUUUU